UAAGGUCCGGACAUGUGUAGCAACAUAACAGCGUGUGAAUUCACGAUGAUGUAACAGUAAACAACAUAAAUUUGGAUGAAAUGUGACCUUUGACGCCGCGAUGUUUGCGUGUGAAUGAUGUCUGAAGCCGCCGUAGAGGAGGUUUCUGUGUUAGAGUCCAUUUACUGCGCAGAGGGAGAGUUUGACCUCAUCCGGAAGUCUGCUCAGGAUGGACUCACGGUCCAGAUCAACAGCUCAGCUGGAGGACAACGAAGUCUGGACGUGAGUCUGCUGUUCCACCUGCACCCCGGUUACCCCUCCUGUCCCCCCGCCAUCUCCGUCUCCUCCGCCCGUCUCUCCAGGACUCAGUGUCUCAGCAUCAGACAGAAGCUGCUGGAUCGAGCUGCAGCGUUACCACCCGAGCAGCCGAUGGUUCACCAGCUGGUGGAGUGGCUGCAG